CUUCAGGUCUGGAGCUGAAUGCAGACACUGGGGUGAAAUGUGUAUGUGUGUAUAUAUCUCCAGCCUCUUCACACGCUCCAGUCCUGAAGCAUAAUUCGGAACAAGCAGGAUUCUAAGCCAAUCAUUGAUUAGCCAGCAAAGGACUCAUGAAAGCGAAUGGCAGAUAUUUAACUUUGAGCUGGUUAGUUCACUUGGUCAAAGUGUGAUACUUAUAAGCUCAAGCUCCUGAGUCACUUUGCAUAGAGGAAAAAUUCAAGUUCGAUGACUGGGCUGCGUUAGUGGUUGUCCCUCAUUGGAAAUCACCAAGCAAAGACUGGAAGAUCGCUUAUUGGUUAUGUCAUAGAAGGGAUUCUUUUUCAGUGGCAGGUUGGAGUACAUAAACUAGCAAAGAGGACAACCAGAAUCCAGGCCAAUCUUGCCAGUAGAAGGAAAUAUCUUUCUCUCACCCCCAUGGGACCUGCAGGGGAAAGUCUGUUCCAUCUGCCUCCAGCACUCCUUUCUGCCUCAUCAACCCGUGCUUUAGGAAAAUCACUUUGACGGCUGAGUGGCUUACGACUUGUAGCAGAUAGACCAACCAGGAACCAAGAGAUUAGGGCCUGCACUGGGAUGUUGACAAUAUCUGAGGAAAGAAGGGGGUGCGUGCAAGAGAAAUUACAGAGGAACAAAGGCAGUAGAUGAUGGGAAUGAACCAAGAUUGAAACUUGGCAGGGGAAGAUUGGUGAUAUGACCAAGAGGGGAAGGACUCAAGAGAGAGGACAAUGAAUUAAUCAAGUGAUAAUUUAAUUAGCUCACCAAGACAUGAAGAUGGGGAAAGGAGGAAGAGGUAGUUAGCACAGAAGAGAUGACCUGAGAGAAAACAGAGGAAUCUGAGAGAAAGCCUACACCUCUCCACCUCCGACAGGAUUUUGAUGUCCUGGGGUAAGGCUCCAGUUGUGGGUCUGUAUUACUUUUACCUCUUUUCUUCUGCAUGAGUUUUCUGCCCUAGGAACAAGACACAUUGAGUAUUUCGCAAAAGACCUAUAUUUACUCCCUUUGCGACCUUGAUCCCAUCACUUUAACUCCCGUCUGCUUCUUCACUUGCCAAAUGAGGAACUUGGACUAAAUGACCUGGGUGGUGCCUCCUUUCCUGGAAUCUCUAGAGUCUUAUGAUGCUCUGUAUACGUGAAUAAAAGGAACUCUGCUGGAUAGUCCUCCUUCCUCAGGAAUCUGCCUCAACUCUAGCUGAAGAAGCAAGAAACACAAUACUGCCCUCUAGGUUGUGAAGUUACCAUUUGUUUCCAAGGAGUCAAGAAGAGUGAUUUCUCAAGGAGUCAAGAAAGCCUAACUAACCAUGGAUUGCUUUAGAACAAUGCGUCAGUCCUGGAUUUUCCCCACCACCAUCCUCUGUAUCUAUGGGUUUUUUUCCAUGAUGAAACCAUCAGAACCAUUUAUUGUACCUUACUUAACUGGACCAGAUAAAAAUCUAACCCUCAGUGAGGUCUCCAAUCAAAUCUUUCCAGUUUGGACUUACUCUUAUCUGGCGCUGCUAUUCCCUGUGUUUGUGCUGACUGAUUACCUCCGGUAUAAGCCUAUGAUCAUCUUACAAGGAGUUAGCUUUUUGAUUACCUGGUUGAUGCUCUUAUUUUCCCAAGGAUUAUUAGCUAUGCAGAUCUUGGAAUUUUUCUACGGGUUGGUCACAGCCACGGAGGUGGCCUAUUACUCUUAUAUUUACAGUGUGGUCAGUGCAGAACACUAUCAGAAAGUAACAAGUUACUGUAGAAGCGUCACGCUGGUGGGAUAUACUGUCGCUUCGGUGCUGUCCCAGCUCUUAGUCUCCCUGGCACAUGUUUCUUAUUUUUAUCUCAAUGUUAUAACUAUGGUUUCUCUCUCCGUGGCAUUCAUUUUCACAUUUUUUCUGCCAAUGCCCCAGAAAAGCAUGUUCUUCCAUAAAAAGGUGGGAGCAGAAACUCAAGGAUCAGCACACAAAGAUGCAGUAGCGCUAGAGAUGCCUGGUAAGGAAGGCUCACCAGUCAGCCAAGAAGAGUGCGACACUUCAGAAUCAUCUGCCACGUCAGAAAGACAGCAAAAAAGUCUAUCAGCUGACCCUCAACAAAGCAGCCUGGUGCUGAGAGUGUUUCUCCAGUGGUGCCAAGACUUGAAGGAGUGCUACUCCUCCAACCGGCUUUUAUUCUGGUCCAUCUGGUGGGCCUCUGCCACGGCUGGCUUUAACCAAGUGUUAAACUACGUCCAGCUUCUGUGGGAUCACAAGGCACCAUCUCAAAGCUCUCAGGUGUAUAAUGGAGCAGUAGAAGCUGUCGCAACAUUUGGAGGUGCUAUGGCGGCCCUUGCCGUGGGAUAUGUGAAAAUCAACUGGGAUCUUUUUGGAGAGUUGGCUUUAGGAAUCUUCUCAGUCAUAGAUGCUGGUUCACUAUUCCUCAUGCAUUUUACCAACAACAUCUGGCUGUGUUAUGUUGGCUUUUUGAUUUUCAAAUCAGUUUAUAUGCUUCUCAUAACCAUCGCAGUAUUUCAGAUUGCAGUGAACCUCAGCAUGGAACGCUAUGCUUUAGUUUUUGGAGUCAAUACCUUCUUGGCCUUGGUGAUUCAGACCAUAAUGACAUUAAUUGUAGCUGACGCCAGAGGUCUGAGUCUGACCAUCGACAUUCAGUUCCUGAUUUAUGGAAGCUACUUUUCAGUCAUUGCUGGAAUUUUCAUAGUGAGAAGUAUUUAUAUAAUCUAUUCCACCAAAUGCAAAAAAGUAGCUGCUAUCGCCAAUCCAAACUCAAAUGAAGCAACACCAGUGGAAUGUAUCGAAUCAACAAAACUUUAGCCCUACCCACGUUGGUCUCUGUUUUUUGCAGAAAAUUACUUUGACUGAAAAUGUGAUUUUUAAAAAAUUGAUUAAUUGCCAUGAAUCAAAAGAUAUAGACUGACUAGAUUCCAGUGGACCUUUUUCAAACUACCAUCAAUCUCAGUCCCAUUGGACUCAGGGCAAAUUGGGUGCCACCAAGAGAUUUGUUCACCCUGAUUAAUAUAGCCUUUCUACAUAUGUCCAAUGAAGAACAUAUCUCAAUCUCAACUGUACCACUCACAAGCCACAGUAUGUCAGGACAACUGAAGCUUUUUGAUAACCUAAGGAUUUGAAGAGGAGCAUUCUCUGUCUUUAUAAAUUACAAAAUAGAACAGCUAGAAUUUCCUCUCGACAGAUGUCUGGUUUCACCAAAACAAACAGCUCCCAUGAAAAUGUUCAUCAUUGCAUCAUUCUUCAUCCUUUGCAAUUAAGCUCACCCUCUGCACUACUUAUAAUUCUCCUGGAAAAUGCAGCUGUCUAUGCCUAUGUCUGAAGGACACCCUACUAAACGCUGAAAUGUUGCUCAGAAACCAGUUCCUAAUCUCAUCUAUCAAACUAUGUUGUCAGGAGACUAAAGCAUUGGAGUGGGUUUCAGAAAUUCCUCAGGGUGCUACUCCUGGCUCUGACCUCAGCUCCCAGAGUGGCCCAUAAGCCUCAGCUGCACUCUCUUCCAUUUGACAGGGACUAUAUCAUUAUCUCAUUGUUAUCAUUUUCUAGAAACAAAACGACCUACUGGAAAGGAUUUCUGAAAUCUAUUCUGCCCUCCCUCAAAAGAGGGAAAUUUCCCUAAAUCCUUUCCAGUCCUAAAGAAUAUUGUCUGUUAAUUGACCUUCAUUAUCAAAUGGCUGU